GUUUUUCGGCACCGCGCACCGGGCAAGCCUAGAGCAGCUGCCCUGCUGCCAAUGGAGGUGUGCAGCAUGGCUCUGCGUCCCUACCAGUGGGAAGUGAUCAUGCCCGCCCUGGAGGGCAAGAAUAUUAUCAUCUGGCUGCCCACGGGUGCCGGGAAGACCCGGGCAGCCGCCUACGUGGCCAGGAAGCAUCUAGAGACUGUGGACAGAGCCAAGGUGGUUGUAUUGGUCAACAGGGUGCAUCUGGUGACCCAGCAUCUUGAGGAAUUUAGUCGAAUGCUGGACAAACGCUGGUCUAUCGCAACCCUGAGCGGGGACAUGGGGCCACGACCUGGCUUUGGCCACCUGGCCAGGAAAAAUGACCUCCUGAUCUGCACAGCUGAGCUGCUGCAGAUGGCGCUUAGCAGCCAGGAACAGGAGGAACACGUGGAGCUCAAUGACUUCUCCCUGCUCGUGGUGGAUGAAUGUCACCACACGCACAAAGGCACCGUCUACAACGUCAUCCUGAGCCGGUACCUGGAGCAGAAACUCUGCGGGGUGCAGCGCCUGCCCCAGGUUCUGGGUCUCACAGCGUCUCCAGGCACCGGAGGGGCCAGCACGCUCAAAGGGGCCAUCGAGCACAUCCUGCAGCUCUGUGCCAACCUGGAUACACAGCACAUCAUGUCACCCCAGAAGAGUCUUCCUGAGCUGCAGGAACACAACCACCAGCCCUGUAAGAAGUACGACCUCUGCCACAGUCGCAGUCAGGACCCCUUUGGGGACAUGCUGAAGAACCUCAUGGACCAAAUCCAUGACCAUGUGGAGAUGCCCAAGCUGAGUCGGGACUUCGGGACGCAGGGCUAUGAGCAGCAGGUGAUGGAGCUGAUGCGAAAUGCUGCGCAGGCCGGGCUUCUCGAACGGCGGGUGCUCGCGCUCCACCUGCGGCACUACAAUGACGCCUUGCUCAUCCACGGAACAGUCCGCGCUGUGGAUGCUCUGGCCACACUGCAGGAUUUCUAUGACAGGGAGCGCGCCACGAAGACCCGGGUCCUGCAUGCUGAGCGCUGGCUGAUGGAACUUUUCACUGACCACAGGCGUGAGCUGACUCGCCUGGCGCAGUGUGGCCCAGAGAAUCCCAAACUGGAGAUGCUGGAACAGAUCCUGCAGGAGCAGUUUGGGAACCAGGGUAGGCCUCAAGGCCUCAUCUUCACCCGAACCCGCCAGAGUGCUCACUCGCUCCUGCUCUGGCUCCAGCAGCAGCCUGGCCUGCAGACCCUGGACAUCAGGGCCGAGCUGCUCAUCGGGGCAGGCAACAGCAGCCAGAACACCCACAUGACCCAGAAGGGGCAGCAGGAAGUGAUCCAGAAAUUCAGGCAAGGCAUACUGAACCUCCUGGUGGCCACCAGUGUGGCAGAGGAGGGACUGGACAUUCCCCAGUGCAAUGUGGUCGUGCGCUACGGCCUCCUCACCAACGAGAUCUCCAUGGUCCAGGCCAGAGGCCGAGCCCGGGCCAGCCAGAGCUUGUACACCUUUGUGGCCACCAAGGGGAGCCGGGAGCUGCAGCGGGAGCAGACCAAUGAGGUGCUGGAGGCGCUGAUGGAGCAGGCGGUGGCGACUGUGCAGAAAAUGGACAGAGCCAAGUUUCAGGCCAAGCUGCGGGAGCUGCAGUGCUCAGCCCUGGAGCAUCGUGCGGCGCAGGCGGCCCAACGGGAGAGGCAGCAGCAGCAGUUCCUGGCAGAGCAGGUGCAGCUGCUCUGCAUCAACUGCAUGGUGGCCGUGGGGCACGGGAGCGACCUGCGGAAGGUGGAGGGGGCCCACCACGUCAACGUGAAUGCCAACUUCUCGAUCUACUACAAUGUCUCCCAGCAGCCGGUGGUUAUUGAGAAAGUCUUCAAGGACUGGACCCCCGGGGGUGUCAUUAGUUGUAGAAACUGUGGGGAGCUCUGGGGUCUGCAGAUGAUCUACAGGUCGGUGAAGCUGCCGGCUCUCAAGAUCCGCAGCAUGCUGCUCCAGACCCCGCAAGGGCGGAUCCAGGCCAAGAAGUGGUCCCGUGUGCCCUUCUUGGUGCCCGACUUCAACUACUUGCAGCACUGUGCCCAGAGCCUGUCCUUGGACUGAGCGGCAAUGCCCACCACAGGCUGCAGGGGGCAGCAGAGCCCACAGCAACCUGCUUUUCCCUUUUUUCCUGAGCUGCUGGCUCUGCGGGCCCCAGACUGCCCAGCCUAUUGGACUCCCACUUGGAGGAAGCAAUGGGAGAGCCACCUCUUCCCCCACCCCCCCAACACUUUCACAGGCACUGAAUUAGGUGGGGGGCGGGAGAUGGGUCAGGAACUCAGGCAGGUGUCUCACACUGGAUGAAAUUGGGUUAGGGAAACUGAGGCAGGCAAUGCAAUACACUGUCUCUGGCCCCUCCUUUUUCUGUUCAAGGUCACUUACAUAUAUUAGGUUAACCCAUAAAUUUAAAAAGUAAUAAUAAAGGAAACAAACACUG